CCACCAGAAAGCCUUGGCCUCUUUAGUCAGGAUCUUCUAAGUUCUGUACCAGCUGGCCCCCUGACAUCAUGGGAACUUGCCUGUCCUAUUGGAGAAAGGUGGAUCAACACUAAAUCUAUGAUUCUGGACUCGUGUGCCAGGUUGGAUUGCCGCCUGAGUCAGCCUUGCACAGAAACAGCACAGGAACAGUGAUAUUCUCGUGUUUUUUAGUGACCUAAAUUGUCAACAUAGUAAACCUGCAAAGAAAGCUAACACUUCUUAGAACUUCAGAAUGAUGCUGUGCUAAGUCUCUAAGACUCACAGACUCUUCGAAUCGACUGAGAAUCAGACAACUUGCAGCCAUCUUACUCAAAGAUGUACUCAGAGAUGAUUAAACUGAGGCUCAGAGAGAGGUUAAGAGAUCGCAGACUCGAUGGAAGAAUGGCUGAUUACCCCAAGGAAGGCAAAACUGAUGAUAUUCCAAGUUUCAUCCAGCUAACUGACUUGGCAUCUGAAAAUGUAGGAGGAAAGAUUUUAUUUGCAACAGAUGACUUUUUUGCUCCUGCGGAAAACCUUUUAAAGAAAAACAGGCCAACCUACAAACCAAAAGAAUAUACAGAGUUUGGAAAAUGGAUGGAUGGAUGGGAAACCAGAAGGAAGAGGACUCCAGGUUACGACUGGUGUAUCAUCCAACUAGGAAUACAAGGAAUUAUUCGUGGCAUUGAUGCAGACACUGCUUUCUUCACUGGAAACCAUGCCCCUAGAUUAUCGAUUCAGGCAGCGUGUUUACAAAAUGAGGAGAUACCAGACAUACCAGCCAGAGGAUCAAAAUUGGGAUGUGCUGCCACUUCUGAGGAAUAUGAAGCCAUUGACAAGCUGAGGUCAGAAAAAUGGUGUUGUCUGAUUCCUAUGGAAGAACUCAAACCAGGAUAUUCAGGAACCAAUCACAAUUAUUUUCCUGUCUUUUCUCAACAAAAAUGGACUCACUUAAGACUCAACAUCUUUCCAGAUGGUGGAAUCGCCCGCCUGAGGGUCUAUGGUACUGGACAAAAAGACUGGUCUUCUGCUGACCCUAAAGAAUUGAUUGAUCUUGUGUCAAUGGUGCAUGGAGGGGUUUGUGUGGGCUAUAGUAAUGCUCAUUUUGGACAUCCAAGAAAUAUUAUAGGUAUAGGAAAAGCAAAGUCCAUGGCUGAUGGCUGGGAAACUGCAAGAAGACUGGACAGGCCACCAGUAUUACAAACUAGUGAAGAUGGUUUUCUCCAGGUGCCAGGAGGUGAAUGGGCGAUUUUCAAACUGGCACAUCCUGGUGUAAUCACUCAAAUAGAGAUAGACACACAUCAUUUUAAAGGUAAUUAUCCAGACACCUGCAAACUUGAAGGUUGUGUUCUAACAAGUUCGGAAGAAGAAGAGGGUAUUUCACAAAAGUGGCAUAUGCCAAAUGUCAAAUGGAAAGUACUGCUUUCUGUCACAAAGCUGCAAUCCAACAAGAAUCAUUUGUUUGAUAGCGUUGCUCUUCAGCUGCAGAAUGUUGUCACCCAUGUGAAAAUUACCAUUGCCCCCGAUGGGGGACUGAGCCGGCUUCGUUUGCGGGGCUUCCCCAGCUCCCUCUGUCUCCUCAAGCCCACUGAAAAAAUAAUGUCUUCCAGACGAUUCCCUGUUAUUGUGCCUUUGAGAGCAAAUUGCUCUUCCUUCAAAAUCACAUGAAAAUCGGGAUAGUUGUUAAAUGUUACCUGUCGGUCGUGGUAACAUAACUUUCUUCAAACAUUUUGAACACCUGGACCUUUAGAGACACUUGUGCUUUUAUCUCUGAGAUCAGAGAUGAUUCCUGGUGACAAUAAAACAUGCCUCCCCCACCUACCAA